UUUCUGAAAGGGGAGAUCACUCUCGUGUCACAAAGUGCACAAAAACAGUGGAAAAGAAAAGAGCCACAAUGUCUACUGAAGAGGGUGAUGCAGUAAGGGACUCCGUGAAAGAUUACUAUGGGAAGAGGUUACAGAAGACGGAGGACCUGGAACUGAAGGCCUGUACUGUUCUCAGCGAGUACAGGAUGCCCAAGUUUGUGCGCGAGGUGUUCAGUCUCAUUCAUGAAGAAGUCAUGGCCAGGUAUUACGGCUGUGGGUUGGUUGUGCCGGAGAAGCUGAAUGGGAUGAGGGUACUGGACCUGGGUAGUGGUAGUGGUCAGGACUGUUAUGUGGUCAGCAAGCUAGUAGGAGAGAAAGGAUUUGUCACAGGCAUUGACAUGACAGAUGAACAGCUGGAUAUAGCCCGCAAACAUAUUGACUACCACACAGAGAAGUUUGGCUAUUCAAAGCCUAAUGUGGAGUUUGUGAAAGGAUUUAUAGAGAAACUGGGGGAGGCUGGAAUAAAGGAAAACAGCUAUGACAUCAUCAUAUCUAACUGUGUGAUCAACCUCUCACCAGACAAGGAGGCAGUAUUGAGAGAAGCUUACAAAACACUGAAGGUUGGUGGCGAGCUGUUUUUCAGUGAUGUUUAUGCGGACUGCAGAGUUCCUGAAAGUGCUCGGAAACAUGAGGUUUUGUGGGGUGAAUGUAUCUCUGGUGCUUUGUGGUGGAAAGACCUAAACAGUCUGGCUGCUGAGAUUGGCUUCAGCAAACCCCGCAUUGUUACGGCAGCUGAGAUACCAAUAGAGAAGGAGGAGUUCAAGAAAAUUUUAGGUGAUGCCAGGUUUGUGUCUGUCACAUACCGGCUGUUCAAACUCCCUCCCAGGGACCAGUUCAAGGACAGCAGACUUGUUAUUUACAAUGGAGAAAUAACAGGUUACGAGAAAGAGAUCAUUUUUGAUCACAAAUUUACAUUUAAAAAAGGAGAUGUUGUUCAGGUAGAUUCCGAGCUGUCAACCAUUCUGCAGCUCUCCCGCUUCCAGGAUGAGUUUGACUUUCAGCCAGUGUCAAAGAAAACCUGCAAUGGAUCAGCACCCGAUAGCUGCUGUCCAUCUUCAAGCCUGACAGAGGAUCCCUUCCAGUAUUUGGCAGACCUGAAGAAGAAAGGCAUCGUACCAGCUGCUCCCUGCUGUUCCACUGGGGACAAGGGUUGCUGUUAGACCAACAUAGAUGGAAGGGUUCUUAAUACAUUGUUUAUACGCAAGAGAGAACUGGAAAACACUCAUGUACUUUAAGCUUUGUUGUUUUCUCCAUUUAUACAUGCUUUUUAACUUAGAAACUUUUUCUAAAACAUAUUCAUGAGAGUAUGAGAAACACUUACAUGUAAUACAUUUUUAUAUCAUUUAUAGUUCACUCAAGAUAAAGUAAUAUCCCAUUUCUCAUAAUUGAAUUUUACUGAAUAUAUUUUUGUAUAAUGUAAUAUUACCUCAAACCAUUUCACUUAUCUUGUGAAGUAUUUGUGUAUGUAGGUCCAGGGCUGUUCACCAUAAUUACUCAGAUCGUUCACUGGUGUAGGGGUAAAAAAAGAAGCUUGCAUUCCAAGAGAAUGUCUUAAUGUCCAAAGUGAAUAAAUAAAGAGAAGUAUGUCACUGCGGUACAUGGUAGCUCACGUGUUUGUACUCCACCCAACCCGAAAGACCUCUGCGGCGUUAGACUGCAGAAAUGUUAGACUAUUAAGCAAUGGGAAUUAAUUUUUCAUCUGAAAGUCAUGGUCAGCCAUUUCGGUCCUCGUUGAAACGAAGGGUAGUUGGCAACUAAUAGGACUCGUGGGUAUCGGAGAAAAGGUGGUUGGGUUGUCUAGCAGCUGUGAUUGAACCAGUGCAGGUUAUUUGAGUUUCAGAUGAUACUUUUCACUUUUUCUGUGAAACUUCGUCGUGACGCGUUUGUGUAUAAAUGGAAAUACCCUGAAGAACGUGAGAGCGUUAAUCGUUGCCUGUUAGAAACCAGUAGUAGGUAGAUGGGCAAUCGUAUAGAGCAAGGGUACGUGGUGUAGUUCUGACUGAUUAUGUACUUCUGGUUAUGUGUAUAAAUGUAUAAUUUCGUGUUAAGAGACAUGAAUAAUCGGGAUGCGGAGCACGUGCAUGCCAUGAUGUGUGUGGAUGUUUGUGCUUAGUGCGUAAAUGAAGAAGUGUGUCGCCAAACCACAUGCAUUGCUUGGACUUGUUGGCUCACUUUCUCCGUAAUAAAAAAAACUU